GCCUGGUCUAUAUUUUGUUUUCCUAUACAGACAGUUCCAGUCCAUUAAAAGUGGCUAGCUAGGGUUUUAUUAGCUCCAAAGAUCUCUCGAAGACAUUUUGCACACUCUCUAGCCGUUACCUUCUCUUCUCCAAGUUCCUCCAUUUUUUUUCUUUGGACAAAACUCUGAAGAGGGUUGCUUUAAGAGGUUUCAAUCAUGAGUAAGCUUGCAGGGGAUACAAUUCGCGAAGCUGUUACAACUAUAAAAAAUGGUGUGAAUGAGAAGCCCCGCAAGUUCGUCCAGACCAUCGAACUACAGAUUGGAUUGAAAAACUAUGACCCCCAGAAGGACAAGAGGUUCAGCGGCUCUGUUAAGUUGCCGCACAUACCGCGUCCCAAAAUGAAGGUCUGCAUGCUUGGAGAUGCUCAGCAUGUGGAGGAGGCAACUUCUAUAGGUUUGCAAUGGAUGGAUGUUGAAGCAUUGAAGAAGCUGAACAAGAACAAGAAAUUGGUUAAGAAGCUUUCCAAGCAGUACCAUGCCUUUUUGGCAUCAGAGUCUGUCAUCAAGCAGAUUCCUCGUCUUUUAGGCCCUGGUCUCAACAAGGCAGGAAAGUUUCCUACCCUCGUGACUCACCAAGAGUCACUGGAGUCUAAAGUUAAUGAGAUCAAGGCAACCGUGAAGUUUCAAUUAAAGAAAGUCCUUUGCAUGGGUGUUGCUGUUGGCAACUGCGACAUGGAGGAUAAGCAGAUCUUCCAGAAUGUUCAAAUGUCUGUGAACUUCCUGGUCUCUUUGUUGAAGAAAAACUGGCAAAAUGUGAAGUCGCUGCACCUAAAGAGUACCAUGGGUACCCCAGUCCGCCUCUAUUAAGCUAGUUCUAAACUACCGCUAUGUUUUUGGAAUGCUUAGAAAUGUCACCCCUUUCCUUAAAUAACUAUAUUGUUUUUUGAGAGAUGAAAUUAUGUUCAUGGAUUUGUUCUUAA